AUGGUGAACUGGCAACAACUAUGCCUCCCACAUCAUUGGCAUUUUCGAGGAGGAUUUCUCCCCAGUACAAAUGAACAAAAGGCCGGUGUCUUGGAUUUAGAACAAACUUACAAGCAAAACUGUCAGACGUUAUUGAUGGUCGCGACACACAUCACAGCCGUGACGUUUGCAGCAGCUUUCACAAUGCCCGGCCGUUAUAACAAUAACGCUGGCCUAGACCAAGAAGUGGCCCUUCUCCGGUCAAGCAGUUAUCUCAAGUGGUUCAUUAUCUCCGACACUAUCGCGAUGACCUGCUCGAUAAUGGCCGCUUCCCUCAUACUCUGGGGUGCUGCUUUUGGGAAGAGACCUUACGUGCAUUGCUACGUGAUUGCGGCUAUACUGACAUGCAUUGCGCUGCAGUCGACUGCAAUAUUGUUCUUGUCGGGUCUCGUGGCUGUUCUACCUGACCAAGCGUAUGUCCACACCAUGAAUAACAUAGUCGGCAGUGUCUUCCAUGUUCACACCUGCUGGCUUCUUUUCAGACUGGCACAGAUUUUUCCUUCUCUGAGAUCUGCCUCUCCUUGA